AUGAGGGUCUUGCUUUGCAUCCUCGGGGUCCUUGCCUUGUUGUCCACAGUUCCUCCAGCGAGAAGCCUUGUUUUUAACAACAGAUGUUCUUCAUUAUACCAUAAAUGCAGAAUGAAGUGCAAUCAUGAUGAAUAUGCAGUUAGAUACUGUUCUGACUCGAGCAUCUGCUGCAGAAUAAAGAAAGUUGACUUGAACAAAAGAAAGAAGUGGUGA